CAACUUCCGGUGUCACGGGGUACCUGGGAGACGGAGCAAAAAAGCGGGCAUAGCGAAAUCUUAAUUGUUUUCGCUCACCUUAAAACAAUUAAAAGCGUACAUAUUUGACUUAUAUGGUCAAACAACCGCGCCUUGUGGACCAGUGGCCUCCUGGGAUUUGCGUUUGGCUUCGAAAAGAGUCUCAUUCAUUCGUCUUUGGCACUAGCUAGCUGGCUAACGAGCAGCAGGCCUUUUCUUCUGGACUUUGCUACAAGCUAGUUAGCUAACAUUAGCAGGCUAACCCAUGCGAACACGUUUUCUUUCUCAAUGAUUCCGUGUGGUACGCUGUAAAUAAAUACCACACCGCUUAUGUGUGUGCUGGUUAGCGACUAUUGCUAGUUCUGUUUAUAAAUAGGCUACUAGUUGAAGCGAAUUUAUUUGAGCUACAUCAACGAGGCACUCACUCGCUUUUAAAAGUGUUGUUCACUUUGUUGCUAGCUUAAGCUAGCUACCGCCAACUGAACAACGCAGUCGCUGAAAGCGUAGCAGCCCCUCAACACACAGAGAUGUCGGACUUCGACGAAUUUGAAAGACAGCUCUCUGAAAACAAACAAGCUGAAAGGGAUAAAGAGAACCGCCACCACCGCCGGUCCUCCUCCCGCAGCCGUAGCAGAGAGAGGAAAAGGAGGAGCAGAGACAGGGAUAGACGAAGCAGGGACCGCCGUGGAGACAGUAAGGAGCGCAGACACAGACGCAGCUCACCAUCCAGCUACCCCCAGGACAAUGCUGGAAGCCGCUCUCCACACCGUGAGAAGAAGAAGAACAAGGUGAAGAAGUACUGGGAUGUUCCUCCACCUGGUUUUGAACACAUCACUCCCAUGCAGUACAAAGCCAUGCAAGCUGCAGGCCAGAUCCCAGCCACAGCCCUCCUGCCGACCAUGACACCAGAUGGCCUGGCUGUUACUCCAACCCCUGUACCUGUAGUGGGCAGCCAGAUGACCCGGCAGGCCCGCCGGCUCUACGUGGGCAACAUCCCCUUUGGUAUCACAGAGGAGUCCAUGAUGGACUUCUUCAAUGCCCAGAUGCGUUUGGGUGGUCUUACUCAGGCCCCUGGAAACCCUGUCCUUGCAGUACAGAUCAACCAGGAUAAGAAUUUUGCCUUCCUUGAGUUUCGUUCAGUGGACGAAACAACACAGGCAAUGGCCUUUGAUGGUAUCAUCUUUCAAGGCCAGAGUCUGAAGAUUCGUCGUCCCCACGAUUACCAGCCCUUGCCUGGCAUGAGCGAGAACCCCAGUGUCUAUGUGCCUGGUACACAGCCAAUUAAUGGUGUGGUGUCCACAGUGGUGCCCGACUCUGCUCACAAGCUCUUCAUUGGCGGCUUGCCAAACUACCUGAACGAUGACCAGGUGAAGGAGCUGUUGACGUCAUUUGGCCCCCUGAAGGCUUUCAACCUGGUGAAGGACAGUGCUACAGGCUUAUCCAAAGGAUAUGCCUUUUGUGAAUAUGUUGAUGUCAACCUUAAUGACCAGGCUAUUGCUGGGCUGAACGGCAUGCAGCUGGGAGACAAGAAGCUCCUGGUGCAGAGAGCCAGUGUGGGAUCCAAGAACGCCACUCUGACAAGUAUAAAUCAGACCCCAGUGACGCUGCAGGUGCCGGGUCUGAACAGCUCGGUGACUCAAAUGGGUGGCCUGCCCACCGAGGUGCUGUGUCUGAUGAACAUGGUGGCCCCAGAGGAGCUGCUGGAUGAUGAAGAGUAUGAGGAGAUCGUGGAGGACGUCAGGGACGAGUGCAGCAAGUACGGCCAAGUGAAGAGCAUUGAGAUCCCUCGACCCGUGGACGGCCUGGAGGUGCCUGGCACCGGCAAGAUCUUCGUGGAGUUCAUGUCCGUUUUUGACUCCCAGAAGGCCAUGCAGGGGCUGACAGGAAGGAAGUUUGCCAACAGGGUGGUGGUGACCAAAUACUGCGAUCCAGAUGCUUAUCACCGCCGAGACUUCUGGUAGAGGAGGCAUGAACAGAAGAGCGGGGGUAGGGGGGAGGGAGGGAGGGAGGGAUGGAACGAACAUGUAUUGCCCAUUUCCAAAUCAGCCCCCUGAUUAAUUUGGCAGAGCAACAUUUCAGGUAGAUCAGAGAGUAUUAAUCAUUUGACAAAUGGCUUUGAUAAUGCCCAUUUAUCAUUUGAGCUCUACAUGAAAUGUCCAGCAGUUAAAACAUAUUAGGAAUUGGUAAAGGAGAAGAAUUGUGAGUGUUUAUAAACAGUCAAUUACAGAGGGGGCUUGGUUUGGGUGGUGAGGGUGUAGUUGGGUGGGUGGGGGAGUUAAAGAUUUUUGAGAAAUUUGUGUAAUAACAGGUCCGGGGUGGGGUCAACAAUUUUUAUACUUUGUGAGACAGGGAUGUCAUUUUGGGUGGGAGGGGGGUACCACACUUUAAGGUUUGUAUUUAAGUGGAGGUAGCCUGUUUUAAGUACAUUAGGAAGGAGUUGCAGUUGGGAACUAACUGGACUAUUCUGAUGGAAAAGAAGGAUGGAGAAAACAGGAGUGUUUAUUUGUGAGAGAGAUGUGGGGGGGGGGAUGGAAGGGAAGAUGAGGGCAUUUUUUGACCAUCUAAUCUAGAUAUACAGUAGCUGUAACAUCCACUUACGUUUUUCCACCAUCAUUAGAAAGUCGAGAGGAGACUUGAUUUUCUGUUUGGACUCAAUCAUUUCUUCAUGAUCCUUCAUUUUCAUCACUACUGCCCCCCUCAGGACGAUUGUUGCAGAAUAUGUUGUCUAAUUGGACUCUAUCUGAAUGUCAACUGUAAUUGUUUCAAUACUGUGUGUAGCUUCACUGAUUUGAGCUGUAAUAUCACCUUGUAUUCAGGCCGCAGAAUAACAUGAGCUGCAGAAAAGAACGUUUUCAAUUAUGCCAGUUUGAGUUUUCUUUUUCUAUUUUCUGUAACUUUUUUUCACGUCCAUCUUUUGUGCACAGCUUUUAACAGGUGAGGUUGUUUUGUCUCAGCAGUUCAGUCCUGAUUAAUUGAGGAAAUAAAGGAAGAUGGGGAGAGGCGAACAGCUUGGUGUUUAACAGGGGACUUAUCUCUUCCUUACCAAAAUGGCCUUAAUGUUAUCACAUGUCAAUUCGCUAAGGAUAUAAAUUCGGCUUGCCCCUCUAUCACUGAUGUCUGUAUGUUAAUAGAUGUCACUAUCUUGUCCAUCAGUCUUGCAUCACUAGUUUUCAUUUUUCCUUGUUUUCCAGCAGAUGUGGGGUGUAGUAAGAUGUGUUGGACCCGGUUGUUGUUUUGUGUAACGUCUCACCUCUUUGACAAGACCAAAUAAACACGUAACUAAUAUCCACGACUCAUGUUGUACUGCGAGUGAAACCAAAACCACACAACUUUACUGUUACUUCCAACCUGAUUUGUUAAAAAAAAUAAACUAGAUAAAUUGAUAGGUGAUGGCUUAACCAGGCUAAAGACUUUAAUACUGCUGCAAUGGCUUGUUUAGAUAUUCAGGAUUAUAUAUCAAAUUAAAGCCUGCAGACAAAGACUAGUUGCGAUUGUACACCUAACUAAAUUUAAGCAAAAUCAUUUCGCAUUUUAAUGUUUAGCUGUCAUGAUUUUCUUGUGUUAUUGUUUGGGGAUUUUCACUAAAUUAAAGAGGUAGUUUGGAUGUAUAAACGGUCUGUAUGUACUUAGACAAAGUCUGCUUUUCUCUCAUCUCCCUCAUCUUCUGCCCUUAACUCUCUGAGGACCACAUGUUCACACCGUACGGGCUUGAGACGGCUUUCAUUUGGGUUGCUUAAGACAGUGCUAAAGAGAGAUUGUGUCAGUGAUAACACUUAUGAGAUGUUACUCCUUACUUUCUGAACUCUUUCUCAGUGUCACUGUGUCAUUAAAUUUCUUUUUUUUUCUCUCUCUCUGGAAAAAAAUGUGAUUUCUUAAAUGAUUUAAAAACCACAUCUAGUUUAUAAAAAGCAAAAACAGUCUUUCAUUUGUCCAAUUUGUUUUGAAAUGUUGAUUAAAAACUGAAUUUACAUGAGG